CUCACAUAUCUUUACUGAGCAUUUGACGAGAAACCAGAAAGCUGAAUCGAUUCCUGCCUCUGAAUACUUAUCAUGCAUUAUAUGCGUUUUAGCGCACCUGGAGACACGUAAAAUGUGGGAAUGAGUUCCAACGCCAUCAGAAUCUUGGUUUCAAAAAUAUCACUUCAAUUCUUUUUACGCCAUCUGUUAGUCUCAGUGUUUGCAGCACAUUUCUUCUUUCCAUUGAGAAAACGCCGCCAGAUUGCGACAAGGUUGUUCAGACGCUAUCUAAUUGAAAGCGAGAUUACCAAGUUUUGCCACAAAAAUCGACACAACGGAAGUAAAAUCCAAGAGAGGUCAGGUAUCUAGUAACCAAUUCAAGACAUUCACUAAUACCUGAGAUGCGAGUACGACCAAAAUCGCGACGAUUAUUUCAAUGCAUAACGAUCUUGCUCCUUCUGUUGUGCUCAUUCUAUGUUCUGCAAAACUUUUAUGAUUGGAGCGAUAUCAACGCUCAGUCAGAACUAUCGGAUAAGGAAUUUGCCGAGGUGUUUGAAGAAACAUACGGCGGCGACAGAAUACUCGAAGUUCUUGAGCUGGAAGAUGGAGGUCACAUACGAAUCAUAGACAGGCCAGUUUUGUCGUCUGGAAAGCUGAGGGCAGUCAGAUACGCUGAUGUUAAAGGAGGUUUCCACUCAUACGCUGCAUUGUUAACACCAAAACGAUUAACGAGAAAAGAUAUUGACACUUCGCACUGGAGAGUAGAUAAGACAGUACUUGCACAGAAUUACUAUUAUUACAGGAUGCUCGCGGCGUUAGCCCUCUGUGAUCUCAUCAAAUUUACUCACGAUUGCAACGCUCACAUUCUCUCAGUUGGUCUCGGGGGUAGCACAAUCGAUGGAUUUUUACAUCAGUUCUUUCCUCAGAUGAAUAUAACUGUAGUGGAAAUCAGCCGUCAAGUGGUAAAUAUGGCUAAAAAAUGGUUUGGUUUCGUUGAAAAUGAUUAUCAUCGCGUCGUUGUAAGCGAUGGUGUCAAAUUCAUAGCUGAAGCAGCCAAGAAAGGAAAUGUCUUCGACGCAAUCUUACUUGAUGCAUGCUCAUCAGAUCAAGUGGAAGGAAUCAUUUGCCCUCACGAGUCUUUUCUAAGUGAAGGCGUUUUGAAAAACAUUGCUCAUAUGCUUCCCAAGCGAGGUUUUUUUGUUGUGAAUGUUCUCUCAGAAGAUUUAAAAGUCGACGAAGUUUAUCAAAUCCUAACUAAGAAAUUCAAAGAGUUUUUUGCUUACUGUAAUCGGUUGCAAAGGCCUUUUUCCAUGAACCAGGUGGUCUAUUGUUCACAUCAACCUCCUACACGAAAGCCUCCCAUCGACUUGCAGCAACUUCUCAAUAAAACUUUCACACAGUCCAGUAUUAGUUUUGUAUUUAUUUAGUACUAUUGAACAGCUUUGACCAAAUUUUCUGCACUUUACAAAAGCUACUUUACACAUUCUGUGUAACCUUUAAUCUUGUCAAUGGUAUGCUUAUUUAUCAAAUAUAUUAUAUCUAGAAUGCGACGUGAGUGCAAAAUGAUUUUUCUUUGGAAAG